GUGAUUGGUAGGUAAACACAGUAUAUAUAAUAUAAUGCAUAUGUUGUCGAAAUUUCCUUUGUUACCAGUUGCUUUGCCGAUUUACGAUAAAAACCUUUAUUCUGAAAACACACUGUGGACGUCUACAUUUCCCACAUCUGUGAGCUUGACAGCUGGAACACAAAUGAACCCGGUGAGAAAGAAGAAGGAGAGAGAGGGAGUGGGGCUCCGCAUCCCUAAGCUGCAUCCAGUGUGGGCUUCACUCUACAGGCUUCACACCAGGUGGACGGCAACAUGCAGCAGAUAUGCUUCAGAGGGGCUUUCCUCACACUGUGCUUGGCUCCUGCUGCGCUAACAAGCCUUCAUCCUGAAUGCGAGUUCAUCUUCCAGCUGGAGAAGGACGAACGACACUGCCUGCGCUCCAUCGCCGAGCAGGAAAACACGAGUGCUCAAGGUUGUCAUGCAUUCUGGGACGCAGUGGUGUGUUGGCCCCACGCUGCGGUUGGGGAAACGGUUGGCAGUGCGUGCCCUGCUGUGUUUUCCCUUUUCAGAAACAGCACAGGGCUAGUGAGUCGAAAUUGCACUGAUGGGGGUUGGUCCAAACCCUUUCCGCCAUACCACAUCGCCUGCAGCGUGGAUGACGACAUCCCAGAGAAAGAGCAGACCUACUUUGCCACAGUGAAAUUGAUCUACACCAUCGGCUACAGCGUUUCACUGCUGGUGCUGACUGCUGCUGUGCUCAUUUUGCUGCUCUUUAGGAGACUCCGUUGCGCAAGGAACUUCAUCCACAUCCAACUCUUCAUGACGUUCAUCUUGAAAGCUGCGGCAGUGUUUAUCAAGGACGCCACUCUGUUCUCCAGCGAUGACACUAACCACUGCACUCUUUCCACCUUUGCCUGUAAGGCCGCCGUGGUCUUUUGCCACUAUUGCGUCAUGGCCAAUUUCUUCUGGCUCUUGGUAGAGGCACUGUACCUCACUUCCCUGCUGCUCUCCUCCUUCUACCGUAGCCGCCGGUGCUUGUGGGGGUUUAGUCUGCUCGGAUGGGGUGUUCCUGUGUUCUUCAUUGUAUUGUGGAUCGGGUCCAGGGUGUAUUUUGAAGACACUGCAUGCUGGGACAUCAAUGAGGAUUCGCUCUAUUGGUGGAUCAUAAAGGGCCCGAUUGUGGUGUCUAUUGUGGUCAAUUUUAUGCUCUUUGUCAACAUCGUCCGAAUCCUGAUCCAGAAGCUGAGCCCUCGCCUGAUCCAGUUCAACAACUCCUCACAGUACAGACGACUGACCAAGUCAACCCUGCUGCUUAUCCCUCUGUUUGGCACCCACUACAUGUUCUUCAAUUUCCUGCCUGACUACUUUAAUGUUAACCUGCGCCUCUGUCUGGAGCUCUGCAUCGGAUCUUUCCAGAUUGCUUUUGAAGAAGACUGCAGGGUGUUUACAUCUGCAACGAUCGACCGUUCUAUUUCUUCUCUUCCAGGGACUGCUAGUCUCAAUCCUCUACUGCUUCCUCAAUCAAGAGGUGCAGAAAGAAAUACACUUGCAGUGGCUGAGGUGGCAGGAGAGGAGCUGUGGGAUGGUUUCCCCUGCGGCAAAGGGCAGCAUGAUGGACACACCCUUCUAGAUGAGCCAACACACAAACACACACAUAGUUCUGCCUCUAGUCUAGACUAACUUGGAUGCCACUUUAGUGGCUCAGAUGAGAAUAGAAUAGAGAGCCUAAUUUAAAGACUAAAGCCAUCAAUUUGCUGCUUUUUAUGUUGUUCUAUUUAUUUAUUUAUUUUUCAAAUAAAGUUUUACAAUACAGGACAUCUGUGGGUUUAUGGGGACUGCAGUUGUUUGCAGUUGUUGUUGUUCAUUAUUUAUUAAUAUAAUAUUCUGUAUACUGUAUAUGUACUGUGAUUGCACAGUUGUUAUUGCAUGUUGUUCAGUUUUGUUAUUGCACGGCAAUAUCAAAAGUAAACUGCCUUUACAUUCAAAUGUGAAGAAUUCUGUCAUAUGCAUAAUUUUGGAAGUGAAUUUUAAUUGCAGAUAGUCCACUUUGCAACUAAGGUCAUUUUGUAGUUUUAUUACAAAGACUUGUAUAUCUGUCUUUUGCCUUAACAUGAAUGUAUGUUCCUGUGUUGUAUUUGUAAUGUACAUGUUGCUUACAAUGAGCCUGUUGAAUGCCUUGUGAAAAAAAAACAAUUUAACAUAGAUUUCCUCACUUUUCACAACAUCAGAUAUGGCAGCUUCAAGUAAAUCGGAUUAUACUGUAGAACCAAA